AUGGAUGCCUUCGAGAGUUAUUUCCGAGCGGCGGACACGAAUGGCGACGGAGUCAUUAGCGGGGCGGAGGCUGUGUGGCAGUACUCGGACGUGCGUCAGGCUGGCUCGCUCACGCGCCCCGAGUUCUUCAACGCGCUGCGCCUUGUCACUGUAGCGCAGUCGGGCCGCGACCUCACCCCCGACCUCGUGCGCGCCGCGCUCAACGGCCCUGCCGCCUCGCAGAUCCCUCCUCCUCGCAUCGCGGGAGCUCCUUCUCCUGCCACUGCUCCAUCCCCCGCCACUGCUGCUCCUGUGGGUGGUGCUUCUGCCCUCCCUGCUGCUCGAGGCCCUGUUCCUGCUCCGUCUGGUGUUGCCGCUGCUGCAGCACCUGUUGCUGCCGCUGCUCCUGCUGUUGCUGCACCAUCUGCUGCAGGAGCAGCAGCAGCACCCCAGCUACCCCGACGCCCGUCGCCUACUCCCACUCGUCCCGGGAUGGGACCAGGCGCCGUUUCUGCCCCACAGCCUCUCUCCUCCUUCCCUUCUGGCCUCAGCGUAGGCUCCUCCAGCGCAGGACUAGGCUCGGGAGGAUUGACAGCCGCAGCAGCAGCAGCGGGAUUGAAGCCGAAGCAGCCUGGCGCUCUGUCAGACGUUUUCGCUGAGUUUGGUUCGUUUGAUGUUAAGUCCAAGUCCGUGCAGCCUACUAGUGCGCUUGUGAGGCGGGAGGUACCGGAGUCGUUGCAGCAGAAGCAGCAGCAAGCGCAGAUGGGGACGAUUCAGCUGCAGCAGCAGAUGGCUGCUAAGCAGCAACAGGAUCAGUUGCAGCAACAGCAGCAGCAGUUGCAGCAGCAACAACAACAGCAGUUGCAGCAGCAGCAGCAGCAGCAGCAGCAACAGCAGCUACAGCAACAACAGGCGUUCCCACCACCACAGCAGCAGUCGGCAGGGGAGGGGAUGCCAUCCCAAGGACCUGCACCUGCUGCCGCCGCGUCCGCCCCUGCUGCCCCUUCUGCACCUACCACUGCCGGCCUCUCUGCUGCCGACCAAAGCAUGUCCUCUAUUGCGCAGCCUCCUCCCGCCCCUGCUCCGGCUGCUGCUCCUGCUGCGCCUGCUGCUUCUGAACCCACAGCAGCAAGUUCAGGAGCUGCAGAUCCUGGUAUGCAGGCAGCAGCAGCAGUCCAGGAUGCAGACAAGAAAGGAGCAGGUGGAGUGAGCACAGGCGCACCAGGAGCAGCAGCAACGGCAGAGGGAGCAGGAGGAAAGGUGAAACGGACAGCGGACGACAUUGCAAAGGCGUCCCUGAAUGCUUUCCUUAUAGGAGGUGUUUCUAACGCCAUGGUGCCCAAGCAACCCCCAGGCACAGCCCCAGCCCCAGCAGCAGUAGGAGGAGCGGCAGGAACAGGGCAGUUCGUUCCAAGCCAAGCCAUCGUGCCUGCGGCUGCUGCUCCUGGUGCUGUUGUCGCUGCUGGGAUGGCAGCAGCAACAGCAGGGGGAGCAGCGGCAGCAGCAGGGGGGGCAACAGGAGGGGGUUAUGUGAUGGUUCCAGGUGACCCUCAGCCAUGGCCCCGACUCACAGUCGCAGAGGUGCAGCGCUGUGCAAAGGUGUUCAGUGCGGUGGACACGGAUAGAGAUGGGAAGAUCACAGGAGAGCAGGCGAGGAAGCUGCUGAUGAGCUACAAGGUCCCUAUCGACGUGCUGAAGCGGGUGUGGGACAUGGCAGACCAGGACAAGGACGGCAUGCUCACCCUGCGAGAGCUCUGCACCGCUCUGUACCUCAUCAACCAUGUGAAGGCGGGCCGACAGCUGCCGCCCACCCUGCCCCAGGGCAUUCACUUGGAUGAGCAGCUGACGGGCGUGGGGCAGAUGCCAGUGCCAGCAGAAGCAGGAGACGUGGAUGCAUCCCGGCCCGUGUACCGCUCCCAGGCGCCCGACCUGGAGGCGGAGAAGGUGGCUCAGCUGGAUGCGGAGGAAAGGGAGAAGCUUGAGAGCAAGCACAAGGAGGUGGAGGAGAUCGGUAAGAAGGUGUGGGAGACGGAGCUACAGAUAGCGGACUACAGGCGCAAGAUUGACUUCUAUCGUGUCAAGAUGCAGGAGAUCAUCAUGUUCAAGAGCCGCUGUGACAACCGCUUGAACGAUGUCACGGAGCAAGUCGCAGCGGAGAAGAGACAUUACGACAUGCUGUGCAAGCGCUACGACGAGCGCUUCAAGGCGUCCAUGCCAGGUGUCAAGUCGCGAUUGGCCUACGAGGACAGCGUGCUCAAGGAAUUGCAGGUGGGUGGCUCGAUGUUGCUUCUGCCUGCUGCUGCUUGGGUUCGUGCCUCUCAUCAUCCAUAUCUCUUCUCCACCAUGCCAUGUGCCUCCAUGCCAAGAAAUCUUCGCACGUGCCACUCCUUGUGUCAACCCACCGCCUCCUCACGUGCCACCCCACGUGCUGCCAUCCCACCUCACCAGGAGCGCAAGGCGGCGCUGAUGGAGGUGGUGUCGCGAUUCCGUGCCACCACCACUGCUGACGCCUCGGACCUGCUGCAGGUGCGUGCAUUGCUCACUGCCAGCUCGGGCCGCGCGGACAAGCUGGGCAUGGACCUGGAGGACGCACGGAGGGCCAUGAACAGGCAGGCCAAGGACCUGGGGCUCAAAGUGCGCCCGCUGCUCGGCGCUGCCUCUGGGCCUGAUGCGUGGCGAGUGGCCCUACAGGAGAACAUGGCGGACUGUGAUGAUGACUGGGACGAGUUCAUGGACCAAGAAGGUGGCGCGUUUGUCAUAUGCCUACCUGCCCCCUCUCUCUUCUGCACUGCGUGCUCAUUUACCCUGCAUCCACUGCCCCCAUCUCUCUCACCCCCUCUCCAUUCUGCCUCCCCUGAACCCGCUUCUGGUGCUCGCCUCGCCUGGACGUACCAACACCUGCCUGUCUUCCCUCUCCAACCCUACAUCUCCCCGUCCCCCUUUCCCCUUUCCACAGGCUUCUCAGUGGUGCGCUCGCGCACAGACGACCUGCUGGGGGGAGAAGAUGAUGAGCCGGCGCCCCUCAUCCCGCUCAGCCCCAUCGACCCCUCCAACCCGCCCCCCGCCCCCUGCCCCCUGCCCGUUGCCCCUGCUGCUGCCCCCACCCCCCCCUUCACAGGCUUCUCAGUGGUGCGAUCGCGCACAGACGACCUGUUAGGGGGAGACGAUGACGAGCCGGCGCCUCUCAUCCCUCUCGGCCCCGUCACCCCCUCCGCCCCGUCCCUUGCCCCCGCUGCUGCCCCGGGUGCUGCUGCCGCUCCUGCUGCUACCCUUGGUUCUGAUGCCGCCGCUGGUGGUGCUGCUGGCGGUGCUGUGUCGGCUUGGGCCCUAUUGGAGGAGGAGGAGGAGAGGAGAGCGCGGGAGGAUGGGGAAGAAGGGGAGGGAGAGGAGGAAGAGGAGGAGGAAGGAAGGGAGGAGGGUGGGGGGGUUGGGCAGCUGGGUGGGUGGUCUAGAGGUAGUGGGAGGGGGCGGGGGGGGAUGGGCGAGGAGGAGGAGGAGGGGGGGCAUGUUGAGGAGGAGGAGCCUGAGACGCCUCAAGGCCCAUCGGCAUGGGACAACCGGUUUGGGUUCACAGCCUCAGGGGUGGACUCGCCCUCUGUCUCCCAGUCCAUGGACUUCCAGCCCUCUGCCUUCGCCGCCCAGGACUUUGCCUCGGGAUUCGACCAUCAUUUCGACGCCACAGGCUCGGGCUUCCGAGCCUCCAGCCAGUAUGACUCCAACUUCCGAGCUUCGAGUGAGUUUGACUCGCAUGCGCAUCCAGAAGACUCAGCUUCUGAGCAGUCAGGGCUGGGGUUUGGCCGCCCAGACGAUUACGCUGAGGUGGCUUCGGGCGGCGCUGCAGGAUUUGAUUCUGCUGCGGGGUUUGAUUCUGCAUAUGGAAGUGGGCGGGGCAGCGGUGUGUCGGCGUCACGAUUUGAUGAGCAUGUGGGGGAGGAGGAUGCAUCGUCUGCAGACAACACUCCCAUGGCAGGCGCAGGGGGACACUUUUCUCAGCGCGGGUGGGGUGCAUUCUGA